AUGGAAUUCCACCCGAGCAACUACAAUGGUUAUGAACAGGCGUCACCUCUCGUUUUUAUUCCUGUCGCUAUCUCUUCUCUCCACCACCACACCACCGUCAGUGGGGUCGGCCCUAGCCGUGAUUCCCAAUACCUUGGGGAGGCGCUCCUCUGCAAACAGACGUACGGCUUCAUGCCCUGCUCCACAACUGCAUUGGGGAACUUGUUUUUGAUCAUCGUUUAUGGAUACCUGACUUUCGUGGCAUGCAAGUGUAUUUUUGACGGCAGUGAGAUGUUGAGGGUUCUUGGUCCCGGUUGUUUUGGACAAAUCGCUCUUCCCAAGCUGGAUGCGCUUCCCAGCGCCAUACUUAUUCUUGUGUCUGGACUUUCUGGACCUAAGGAAUCUGCUCAAAGUCAGGUCUUUGUGGGAAUGGGAUUGCUAGCCGGAUCAACUGUCAUGCUUCUUACUGUAAUAUGGGCAUCCUGUAUCAUAGUUGGAAAACAUGACAUUGAGCAUUCAGUUGCCGAAGAUGGUCAAAAUGCAAAAGGAUUUAGCUUAACUGAAACCGGUGUUUGUACUGAUAUUUCGACUUGCUAUACUGCAAGGAUAAUGGCUAUAUCUGUCAUCCCAUUUAUUGUUGUUCAACUACCACGGAUACUCCAUUCAACUUCAGGAAGAAACUUGGCUGUUUUGAUUGCUCUAAUUGUAUCUGUAUCGAUGUUCAUUGCUUAUUGCCUUUAUCAGUGUUUGGACUUUCUUGAACUAAGGAAUCUGCUCAAAGUCAGGUCUCGGUGGGAAUGGGAUUGCCAGCUGGAUCAACUGUCAUGCUUCUUACUGGUGUCAUACUGCUUGAAUACGGUGUCUGUAAGCCAAACCACAGAGCAAGAAACCACCGAGCUACAAAUGGCCACUUACUGGUGUCACUUCUCGUUCUUCUUCAUGUCGUUCUCUCUUCUCUGUGCCACCACCGUCAGUGGGGUCAGCCCUAGCCGUGAUUCCCAAUACCUUGAGGAGGCGCUUCUCUGCAAACAGGCCUACGGCUUCAUGCCUUGCUCCACAACUGCAUUGGGGAACCUGUUUUUGAUCAGCGUUUAUGGAUACCUGACUUUCGUGGCAUGCAAGUGUUUUUUUGACGGGAGUGAGAUGUUGAAGGUUCUUGGUCCUGGUUGUUUUGGACAAAUUGUUCUUCCCAAGCUGGAUGCGCUUACCAGCGCCGUACUUAUUCUUGUGUCUGGACUUUCUGGAACUAAGGAAUCUGCUCAAAGUCAGGUCUUGGUGGGAAUGGGAUUCCUAGCCGGAUCAACUGUCAUGCUUCUUACUGUAGUAUGGGGAUCCUGUAUCGUAGUUGGAAAAUGUGACAUUGAGCAUUCCGUUGCUAAAGAUGGUCAAAAUACAAAAGGAUUUAGCUUAACUGAAACCGGUGUUAGUACGGAUAUCUGGACGUGCUAUACUGCAAGGAUAAUGGCUGUAUCUGUCAUCCCAUUUAUUGUUGUUCAAAUACCACAGAAACUCCAUUCAACUUCAGGAAGAGACUUUGCAGUUUUGAUUGCUCUAAUUCUAUCUGUAUUGAUGUUCAUUGCUUAUUGCCUUUAUCAGCCCUCAAAUGAGGGGCCGAGUUCCAUUGAAGAUGCUGCUGGUGGCAGGUUACCAGAAGGCAUGGAGACAAAUCAGGAGAAUCAAACCUGCGAUGUUGAAAAUCCUAAGUCGAUCUACUUUAAAGCGGUACCAAUGUUGAUUAUUGGCACCAUUAUUGCUGCUGCAUUUGCUCAUCCUCUAGAGGACGCUGUUACCAACUUUUCCAAUGCAACAAGUAUCCCUCCAUUCUUCGUUUCAUUCAUUGCACUACCGAUGACAACAAAGUUAAGUGUAGCGGUACCAUUGCUCACUUAUGCCAGCCAUAAGAGGAUCAGAUCCUCCUCAUUAGCAUUCACCAAGCUAUACGCAACUGUGUCAACGGAUAAUGUGAUUUAUCUAUCAGCUCUCUUGGCUAUUGUCUACAUCAGAGGAUUGAGUUGGGAUUAUUCAGCAGAAGUGCUGGCUAUUGCUGUUGUAUGCAUUCUGGUGGGUGGCUUUGCCAGUGUCCGCACCACUUUCCCCCUUUGGAGUUGUUUACUUGCUUACAUGCUGUAUCCUUUGUCCUUAGCACUGGUUUAUGUUCUUGAUUACGUCUUUGGUUGGGCAUGGUUAAGAAGAUGUAUUAUAAUUAUAAAACUAUAAAACUAUGUGUUUGAUUGAGUC